AUGUUACAUCGUAGCUACUUUUGGGGACUAAAAAAAGUUGAUGUUUGUGUGAUUGGAGGCGGUCCCGCAGGUAUUGCCACGGCUUUACGUGCGGUUGACUAUAAAAAAAAGGCAUGCAUUGUUGAAGCGAAUCGAAUUGGAGGAGCGGACCUUUGGAAUGGCGCAUUGCAGUCCAAGACUUUAUGGGAAAUGUCUAAAUUUGUCCGAUUAAUGACUGGUCAAACGGCAAGCCGGUUUAUGAAACCCCUUAUGCCUCUUCCCCCAAUCGACUCUUCAAAUGCACAAAAAGCCAUUAAAAAUGCGUCUGAGCUUCGAUAUACUCAAAUAGUUCAUCAACUGAAAAUUGUUGAUAUUGAUGUUAUUGAGGGAUAUGGGUCAUUCAUGUCCCCUCAUUCUGUAGAUGUUCAACUUGCUUCUGGGGGCACAGAGAGGGUGGAGGCGGAUUAUUUUGUUAUUGCCUGUGGAGCUCAACCACGGAAACAUGUUUCUGUGACUUGGGACGGUAAAGUGGUCUUUACCUCAGAUGAUAUCAUGAAUAGGGCUUUUCCGAAGAGUAUUGUUAUAAUUGGUGCGGGUGUGAUUGGUUGUGAAUUCGCUUCUAUAUUUGCAAACUUUGGUAUGACAAAAGUUAACGUCAUCGAAAAGAGCAAUCGUAUUUUACCCAUGGAAGAUGAUGAUGUGGCAGAGUUUGUCCAAAAACUACUUGAAAAUAAAGGGGUUACUUUUCAUCAUCAUUCAGCCCUGGAAAGUAAUAAAGUCAAAAAUGGACAAUUUCAUUACACAUUGAGGAAUUUAAUAGACAACAAAUUGACGACGCAUAUUGUGGACAAUGCUUUAGUUUCCAUUGGAAGAGAACCCAAUUUAAGUGGUCUGGGGUUGGAAAAUAUCGGAGUAGGGCUUCAACGAGGGAAACUUGAAAGAGAUCAGUUUAAUCGUGUAAAACCCCACAAGCACAUUUAUGCAUGUGGGGAUGUGGCUACCAAAUUUGCUCUUGUAAACGUUGGAGAAUUGGAAGGACGCUCUUGUAUUGACCACAUUUAUCAUCCUCAUCCUGAGGGUGAAUUUGUUCAACGAUUAGAUAAUUUGUCUACAAUUAUGUUUUUGGAUCAAGAAGUUGCUGCAGUUGGAUUGAAUGAGCAGCAAUGCCGGAAACAAAAUAUAGCAUACAAAAUGGCUCGUUAUGGAUAUGAAUUUGUGGCCCGAGCUGUGGCUAUGGGAAAUACCAGGGGAUUUGUUAAAUUAAUUGUUACAAAUGAUCGCGAGAUGCAAGUUCUUGGUGUGCGAGCCAUAGGACCUCAUGCAAGUAGUGUUAUAGAAUUGGCCUCAUUGGCAAUUCAUAAUAAAGAAACACUUUACAAUUUGAGCGAGCUUCGCACUGCUUAUCCAACUGUUACUCAAGGAUUUCAAGAAUGCGUAAAUAUGCUUCUUGGAACUUCUUUGUUAAAACCAAAUGUUUUUCCACAACUCGUUCUUCAAGAGUGGUCUCCUCCAAAUUUUGAUCGUGGUAGAGCAUAUCAAGGAGAUAGAAUAUAG